AUGGGCAAGCCCUCUGACCAAUGGUACGCCAUUGAUCACGUAGUAGAGGGGUCGGAGAGCAACGUCUUCGCCGCCAGAUCGAAAGCCAUAGCGGCUGCCAACCGAAGCAAUGCCGCUGCUAGUGGUAACAGCAGUAGCACGGCCAACGGUAGCAGUGGGGGCGCUUCGCGUCUCUGGACCAGUGCUCGACGACCUGCAUUGGAAGUUGUCCGUGGUGGAGAAGGCGAAUCCAAUGGAACUACCAGAUCCGUCGAACCCAUGAAGGUGGUUUCUUGA